CGACGCUACUCACGCAUCACUGGCCCUUUCUAUUAUUAUUAUUACAUCUUCACCAUUUCCAGGGCAGGCUUAGGAGCGGGUUAUGAAUCCGGGACUAUGGGGUUGAUUCGGGAUAAGGGGCCCUGGUGAAGAAGAGGCUUUGGAGAAAUGUGUUUCACGCAUGACAUAUGGUAGUGGAGCGUGAACCACUCGCAGGGUGAGACCACACUUAUUAAAAAGAAAUAAUGUCAUGAUUCGACUUCCACGCCGAAAGGAUUUUUCUCUGCAAAAUCGUGGCCGACAAGAAUUGAUUUUGCCCGACCCACCAUCCAGUCGUCAUAUGGAGUCUUUGGAGUCUCUACAGUCUACCAGGCUGUUCUCCGGACAGUUUAACGUGGUUCUUCCGAUUAUCCGGGAAAAACUCUGGGCUGCCUCAAGCGCGAGGAACUUCACACCAAGGCUUCAUUCACUAUAUCCGAUCGAGGUUUGAGUGGUGCAGAUGUAUUCGUAAUAUAAUUAUGUGACCAGGAUGCAAUGCAAGGCAGGUCAUCGUCCAAAAUCCCUUAGUAAAAAUCAGGCCCAUAAAAAAGGGGACUUUUGAACCAGGAUUCAAGUCUUUUUUUUGUUUUGGAUCAUCCAUGGUUCACGAUACAUCAUAUCGAGGGACGUUGCUUUGGUUUUCCUGUUUUGCCUUCGAAACCAAAGUAAUCAAUAAUAAAUUAAUAAUCAGCGCUUUCGGGUUCUCACGAGGGUUACAAGGGAGACUGUUCGGGCGCGUUGUAUUUGAACCCCUCCUCAGCCAUUCCUCAGCCACAGGAGAAAAAAAGAAAAUACUUCCAAGAAAUUCUUAUUUUAGCGCCUGGGCAGGAUUUGGGUCUGCUUUUGAGCGUGAGGCUGGGUUGGGUGGAUGUCCCGUUUAGCGAGGGCAAGAGGAAGCAAGCUGGGUCCCCCGAAAGCCGCCACAGACGCCGCCACGAUGAGGACAGGAAAAAUUCUGACCGGAAUUAAAGGAGUUAGUUAGUUGGCCAAUUAAGUGCAGCGGCGAUGAGCUUUUUCGUGUCGCGCAUAGGUGUGCAUUAAGUACUCAGUAGAUGACUGAGAAAAAAAGAAUCCGACACAGAGAUAGACAUUCAUAUGUCAAACCACAACCUCACAACAACUGACGUUAUUACACUUGUCUCUGGGCUGGGAUCUGAGAUAUCCGGAUAAUAAGAACAGUAGAAACGUGUUCUGUGUAGAGUUCAAAGUUCAAACCUGGUAAAAUAAUCCUGUUUUGUUAUCACCAAAACUGAACCGCUGGCGGCCUGCCUGCGGAGUAAGGUACGUACCAAGCUACCCGUCAUAUCGCUCUGUACCCGGGGGAAUGGCAGGUUUGGCUGGUUGAAAUUCGCGGGGCAGGUCGCUGCGGUUAAGCUUAGAACUUAGGGGGGGGGUUUUAAUCCAUGCCCGUGAGCGCUGCAGGCGGUCGUAUCACGAAUGCACGAUGCGCGCCAUAUAAUUGGAGCAAACGUGUUCAAACAACGAGACCAAAGGGAACGAUUGAAAGCCUUGACCUCAAUUGAACCCACCCAGGAACCUCAGCUCGGAUCACGGAGGCAUUAUUUUUAUUCUUGCAUACAAGAAAGGAGCGAAAAUAGUAUCAUCAUAAUGAUGGAAGCUGGCGCUGGAUCUUGACAUCUUGAAAGAGCCGCAUCGGCCAAAGCGAACCGAAGCCCGGCCGCCAUCAGUCAUCUUGAACCUUCACCGUCAGCUUCAUCCAAUCUCGAACCCACCUCUUCAGCUCAUCGUUAUUACAGACUAUCCCUAUUGUUAUCAAUUUCUUUCUUGUUCUCGCCUCUCCAGAGUCUCCACUGCUGCUUUCCAUUGUUCGUUCCAUUGGCUUUGUUUCCCCAUACCUCUCACUCUUUUGUCAUUGUUGUUUCAUUGUCGGGCCCGCACUUCUCCAGGCUAUCCCUAGUGGAGUGGAUGGGAUAAUAACCCCCGAGAUCGCAGCACAACCUCACCGACGCCGCGCUGUUCCGGACCCCCAGUGGCCAGUUGUAUCGCUGUUUGCCCCCAACCUCUCGCUAGUCAACUCAAUCGUCACUCGCUUCUCCACUCCCCAAAUCUUGCGACUACUUCUGCACGCUCCAGGCGACUUGUUUCCUGCUUGUUGAUUGCUUCUAUUAGUAUAUUGAGAGGAUUCAAGAUUUAUCCCUCUGUUAUCCCGUAUUCAGCACUGUCGAGAGUCUCGAUCGUGUUGUGAUUACACACCUGGGGGUCCUCAAGAGCGAAGCUUUGACGAUCAUCGGGUCUCCGUUGAUAUCAUCUCUUGUACGUGCAACUGGCUGAAUAAAACUGGGCCUGCGCUGUUGAUCUGCUGCUCCAUUGAAUGUGGAAUUCAUCUCCUGCCACAACAAAAACUUCCAAAGAGAAUAACUGCGAAUAUCAGGAGGACUUGGAUUCCUACAGCCUGACUGCGAAGCCCCUCUGGCUCAUUCUGGAUCGUGAAUGCUUCCGAAUCCUGGCAUGACCAUUUGACGAGAAUAUCCAUUCAGAGUAGCUGAACGACAGGGCUGUGAUAACAGAUACUCCUGCCUUCCCCUCGCUUAAGCGCCUCCCUUGCGUACAAAUUCCCCGACUUUGCGAACCGCCUCAUUGUGGCCCAGAUUCAUUCCGCAAGUUGCACGCAAUAUCCAGUUAUCCCACACACAUUUCCUCUUACAGCCGCGCUCCUUUUGGAAAUACUUCUUUCUGCUUGGAUAACAAGAGGUCAAUUGUCCAGGAGAUACCUUAAGAUAUCAUUCACAAUACUGCAGGAGGAGAGCGAACGACGCCGCCAAACAUGGCAACCGUAGUCGCCCCGGAACAGUCACAGCACACCCUACCUCCUCUCCUUCCAGCUCCAUCAAACAGAUCGCCCCCCCCUCCAGACUUCAAGCAACAAAAUCUUCCUCAGCUUCCGCGCCACCCUCCACCUCCUCCACCUAAUCAUGAUCUGAGUCAGAUCCUUAAUUCUGCUCCCAAGAGAAAACCUCUGAAGCCCCCCCCGCUCGAGGUUCUCGAUAAUGCUAUUGUCCACAAUUCUCCUGUCUCUCCUGUAGUCAUUGAUCCUCCGUCAACCCUGCCCCAAGCUUCCAGUGUCCAAAUAGAAGAUGAUGUGAGAACCUUCCCUUCUAACUCCUGGCGACCGGACGAGUUGAUGCUGGAUAGUCCUGGCACAACACAGCUCCCACCACGCCAGAGCUCACUUUCACCUACGACCAACUCCACCCUCUCUUAUCAAACUCUCCCGUAUCGCCACAAACUUUCGGAUAGCGUACCGGAAUCUUUACAAAGCAUCCCAGAGCGCAAGGAUUCGCUACAUCCUGACCAAUCUCAGCAAAUGACAUAUAAAAUCAAUCAUAGCGGAAGCCGUGGUGGCUCAUCUCGAGGUAGCCUUGAAAGCAUACCCCAAGAGAAUGAGUUAUAUCAACCAUUACAGUAUCACCAUAUGGCUUUCGAAGAGAAUGUAUAUGAUAGAAGUGUUAACCGUGGGUCAAAGAGCUCCAUAAAGUCUGCCUCUGGCUCUUCCUUGGGAGGUGAGCCAGGACCAGGGGUAUAUUCGCAAAACUAUUUGGCGCCAGCACGAGGCUCAACGCAUGGACUUACAAUUCCACGACCCAUUUCAGCAUACUCGUCUUCGUCGGAUCUUGCAGCGCGAGGCCGAUCUCCACAGCUCUCCCCUAAUAUUCAUGCCCGUGGUGUCUCUGCACAUUCCGCCGCGUCACCAGAUACCCGACCUCUCUCUUUCGUAGACCUCCUUAACGUACCAUACCCUCAGCCUGAGCCAGGCGCGGGAACCUUGGAACAUGCCCAUCUACGCCCGUUGGUUGGAAACAACGCAUCCCUCCUUAGCCACAAGCAAACUUUUGACAUGUAUUUGGCCAAUGUUAAGAAGACAAAUGAUCCUGCCGCUCAGUACGAAUUUGCUGUGUUCAUGAUCAAUUCCAGCCAAGCAACCGAGGACAGCCAAGCGCCUACUGACUCAACACAGCCGGAGAAAUCCAAAGAUAUAACUAAGGCUAGCCUAUUACGAGAAGCUAAAUCAAUCCUCCAACGCCUUGCUGACCGUAGUUAUCCCUAUGCCCAGUACUACCUGGCAGAUGGCAUUGCGUCCGGUCUUCUUAACAAGGGUAAACCCGACUAUGAUAAAGCGUUUCCGUAUUUUGUUGCUGCGAGUAAGCAUGGCCACGCAGAGGCUGGCUACCGUGCUGCCCUAUGUUUUGAAUUUGGCUGGGGAACCCGAAAAGAUGCAGCCAAAGCUGUCCAAUUCUAUCGCCAGGCAGCAUCAAAAAAUCAUCCGGGAGCGAUGUCAAGACUCGCCCGUGCAUGUUUAGAUGGUGAAAUGGGCCUCGUUAAACGGUACCGGGAAGGUAUUACUUGGAUGAAACGGGCAGCAGAAUCUGCAGAUCACCAAUACAACUCUGCGCCCUAUGAACUUGGCCUGCUCCAUGAAACCGGAUACGGGGAUGACGUUUUCCAAGACGAAACGUACGCCGCGCAACUAUUUACGAAGUCUGCGGAGCUAGACCACCCCGACGCCGCUUAUCGCCUAGGAGACGCUUAUGAACACGGCAAGCUUAACUGUCCUGUCGAUCCAGCGCUCAGUGUGCAUUUCUACACAUGCGCUGCGCAAUUGGGACACCCCAUGGCGAUGAUGGCAUUGUGUGCGUGGUACAUGGUUGGCGCUGAGCCUUUGCUUUCAAAGGAUGAAAAUGAAGCAUAUGAAUGGGCUAAGAGUGCGGCUGAACUAGGUCUCCCCAAAGCACAGUAUGCUGUUGGCUACUUCACUGAAAUGGGCAUCGGAUGCCGCCGCGACCCCCUCGAAGCCAAUGUUUGGUACGUCAAAGCAGCUGACAAGGGUGACGAGCGAGCGAAGCACCGCAUGGCAGCAAUCCGGGCAGCAGCAUCUGGUGCAGAUCCCAAGUCCGCGGCGUCCAAACGACGAAAUAAAGGAGAUCACCGAGCUGCCUCUCCAGAUGACAAAGGCAAAAACAAAAGAUUCAUGAUCUUUUGAUUUAUUUUGAAUUUGAAUUUUGAAAAGUUCGUUUCUUCUUGAAAUCUAGUUUUCACGCCUCGCAUAUACGAUUUCUCAGAUUCAUCCACGGUGCCUUUCUUGCCUCUUGAAAAAUCAAUCAGGUCUGACGUUGGAUACCGCCGCAUAUAUUUGAUGUCGUAAUAUUUUGAUAUCUGCCCGCUCAUACAUAUACUUUUACACUAAUAUCUCUCGUCAAUUUAUCUUCCUGGCUGUGUCCCACUAUCUUGUUUUUAUCAUUCACUACGAUACCAUACUUUAUUUUACUGAUCAUAUACUAAUUGAAAGCUAACUUCCCAUUUUCCCGCUGGUUGUUUUUUUCUUCGUUGAGAAAAACGCCUUUCCUAUGCCUCUUUCCCCUCAGGUCUAUGCUCUCCUAGAACUGUAUUGUGCGAAUUUUCGUUCACGCAUGAUGCAAGAUAUGGCUCUAUACCUCUCCGUUUAUUUAUCCUGCUCUGCUAGUUUCCUACUUAAACCCUUUCUUCCCCCGCCAUCUCGUCAUUUUCCUUAGAAAAUGGCCACACCUGUCGACAUAGCGUUCAGGUAAUGAAGAGGCUCUCAGAUGUUUGAUACAGCGCAGAAAAAAAUAAAAAAUAAAAAUCGAAUCCGGGGUCCAUAUAUAAAGGGGUCAACUAAUCAUCUCUCUUAAAAAUGCUUACUUGUUAUUUGAAUUCUUUCGGUUUCGGUUUCCUUGCCCUCUUGGAGCUAAUUGUUAAUGCAUUGAUCUGAUGACUCUUGGUUCCUUCUUUUGUUAUUUCUCUUUCUGUUCCGGCAUGGCUCUUGACUUAUCUUUUAUUUCUGUUGUUGCUCUUACAUCCUCUUUUUCUUUUCUUUUCUUUUUUUAACUUUUACUCUGGAUCGUUCAUGUCUUGUUUCUUCGCUAUGAUUGGUUUUAUUAGGUCACAUACACAUACCCAUACACAUACACUUAAACAAGACAAUUUAAUCCUGGUUUUUAACCAUAUCAACACAAACCCUCCCUUAAGUCGGUUGUUCUCUAAAUCGCAGACAACUUUGCAAGAGAGCCAAAGUAGACAACACCCAAUAUUUUCAUCAUGAAAUCUACACUUCUGACCCGUGGCCCCUUUUGAAUUACUCAUCAUGUGUGGCUUAUACCCUUCGGCAUAUAGAAGCAAAACGCUGUUCCCUUCCAUCUUGUGUUCGGGAUUACGUAUCCCUCAGGUUCGGUUUGGAUGGUAAGAUACACGGAUGGAUAUCAAUAGCCUUGAAUGGGAGGUACACGUGGCUGGUGAGUUUGCUCAAUGGUCUUCUAACAUUUAAUAGCUAAUCACUUUUUAUCUUGUAAUGCAC